AUGAAGGAUUUCACCUCUACCGGUUCCUCGCUUAGAGAGCCCUCCGACCUAGACAAACAUGUCUUGAACGGUUGGAGGAGUAGUACUCUGCGGAGCUACAACUCCGCGGUAAGGAAAUUCCUCAGGUUCGCGCGGUUGAAAAUUAACAGACGUUUCGAACUGCCGGCGACCGCAGAAGAGAUCUACGGCUUCUGCUACUGGGCCGGCAGAACGGAAGGAGACUCAAACCCCGACAAAAUAUCCGGGGUAACUUUGACCAAGUACUUACACGGCCUAAAAGCGUGGCACGUCUACCACGGCGCCGAAUACCCUUCUCUUUCAAACAACAAGGUCGCUUUAAUGUUGAAAGCUUCAGCAAAAGCGGACGCACUUCUUGUCCGAACAAAAACGAAACGGCCGGUAAUGGUCGAACACCUGUUGCUACUACACGACCACCUCUCGAAAGGCGACGAUUUGGGAUUGGUAUUGCUGGACAUGUCGCUAGUGGCCUUUUGGGGCAUGGCUAGGUUAGGCGAGCUAGCUUCAGAUAUCAACGUCGGCCGAUUGAGAAAGGGCGACGGCGUCCGUAUAUCAGACGUACGGGUCGCGGACGACGCGCAGUCGGCGCUAAUCAAAAUCUAUUUCGCCAAAACAGCAGUCGGCGGUGAGGUGCAACACCUUCUACUGACGGCGACAAACAAUAAGCUGUGCCCUGUGCGGGCCCUCAUCAGGAGAAUCUCAUCCGGAGAGGCGGGCGACUCCCUUUUCGGACUCAAUACUUCGACAGAACGAAAGAACUUGACAAAAAGCUAUUGCAAACGUCGCCUCGAUUCGGCAUGGAGGGGGAUUGGCCUCACGAAUCUCUCCGGCCACUCCUUUAGGGUUGGCGGCGCGUCCUUACGCAACGCUUUGGAGGUAGAUAUAACUACUAUUUGCAAACUCGGCCGUUGGACAUCUUCUUGUUACAAACUCUACAUAAAACCAUACACGCCAGAAGAUUUGAGUGUGACGCUUUGUAUUCUAGAACAAUUAGAUGACGGCCCUAUCCGUCUCGAGCAUUGA